GUGUGUGAGCCUGGAAGAUGGGGCAUCAACUGUAAUAGAAUCUGCGAGGCCAAAUGUUUCAACGUUUCAUGUAGCCAUAAGCAUGGUGAUUGCUUACAUGGCUGUCUUGGUUACAGCAAUCCUCCCCAAUGCUCAAUUGGUAAUAAUAAUAUAAACUCUUUAAACAUUUUAUGAUCUACUAGAAAUUAAUUAUUAAUCAAGAAAGUGCAAUUAGUAACGAAGGAAGGGUGGUUUGUUUCUGAAGGCAUAUUAAUCUAAAUAUAAGUAACAGAAAACCUAAAUCUAAUAAAUUAACCACACAUUUGAUACCAAAAAAUAAUUUAAAAAAACAACUGCGUGCCUUAAAAUCUUUCUUUUAAAAUCGUUUGCUAAAAUGUAUUCACAAAUAUGUAAGCAAAUUAUCUUGGUAGGUGAGGUAGGCUGUUAUUUUAACUAACUGCUGCUGUGGCUAACAUUUCGUUCGUCUCCAAAAAAUAUCUUCACAUAAAUUUUUUUUUCUCAAUUUGUAUCUUGCCCAUUGUUUGUGAAAUUCAAAUAGGAUUUGAUAAAUAACCCGCGAGUUAUAACUAUCAGGAAUAUGGCAUGCGUUCACUAAAGAUUAUGAAAAUUACUGAAAUGUUCGAAUUGCAGGCAGAAAAUAAAAUACUGUUAGCUUUUCUUGCAAGAUUUCAGAAGACUUCAAAUUUUUUAAAAGAGAUAUAAGUUAUUUUUUUUUACUAUUUAAGUUUAUUAGCCAGGUCUUUUGGCGAUCGGCCUGUCACAAAUAGGGCUGGAAACCCAAUUUAUUAGUUGAUUGGACUUUGAUUGGAAUUCUGUUAUACUUUUUUUUUUCAAAUUAUCAAACUAAUUCCCAGGGUAAUUUCAUGUCUCAGAGUAAUCGUGUUAUUUCGUAAUGCUUUAAAGCAAGAAGUAUGGCUUAAGUAAUACACUUAUCAAAUAACUGGACUGAAUUAUGCAUUGCACAUCUUUGAUCAUCGGAAAUUUUAUGAUGAAUUCAAACUUGCUAGCACUUCUGAAUCUUCUCAAGCACAAAGAAAAAAAGAGUAAAAUUCGUUUACAAAGAUGCGCUUCAUUAAGUUAUAAUUCUUUAUCAUCUUUUUUUUUCAUAUAAUGGCUUUUAAGUGACUAAAUUUAUUUAAUGUAACAUUAAAGAAGCAUCCACUUUUCGUAUAUACAAUUUUUACAAAGGCACUUUAUCAAUAAUAUGUUUCUUUUGAAACUAUGAGACCUUUGGAGUUCUUUAAAUAGAUAGAAAAUAUGUCUGAAAUUUUACGUCGCUUUGAAAAAUAAUAAAUGUGUGCUUUUUAAAAUUAGGGAUUUGUGCUGGUAAUAAUGUCCUGCAAAGAAAAUUACCUUUCAAAAAAGCAUUCAACUCUUCUAUAAAUAAAAUGAACGUUUUUAUGUAUCAAAUAUUAAAUUUAGUUUUAAAGAUUGUUGAAAAAGAUUAAAAUUAUGUUGAUUAUAAAAAAUUCAGGAAGGAUGUCAAUAUUUUAUUAAAAAAAAAAAAUAUCAAUAAUUUCAGAGUAUAAAUAUAUAGAAUAUAUAAUAAGAAUAUUAUUUAUCUAUUUUUGCAUUUUAUAAAUGUCCAUACAUUUCAAUAUUUAUGUAUUUAUGUCAUUUAUUAUAUAAUCCAAUUUAAUGUCAGGUUGCGAAUCAGAUAAAUAUGGAAAAAACUGUGAAAUAAGUUGCCCAGCAAAUUGUGACAGAUUGGGCUGUGAUUCUUUUACUGGAAAAUGCAAACGGUGUAAAGCUGGUUACAAAGAGGACUUCUGUGAUAAAAGUACUUAUAUUAUAUAA